GGUAGAACCAGAAAUGAGAGAAUCUUGUGUCGAAAGUAAAAGUAGUCGGAAGCGCUGCAAUGUGAAUAUUUUGCCUGUAUUAACUGUAUUACUCAUCAUAUCGAAAUUUAAAAUCAACCCAAUACAUUCUCUUGCGAUGGUUGCUGAAGAUAUAUUGCUUCAAUGCGCCUAGUUGCAUUUCUUGUGUAGUGGUUUUAUUUGUUGUGCCCGGAAGUUGUGCGCUCGCCCAAUGUCGUUGGGUAGCCUACACUCGCAAGUAAGCUAGCUAGCUUGCCACAAAAUGAGGCCGACAUUAAGUUGUCCCUCGCAGUAUAAUUGCAGAUAUGUAACUCGUCCCUUUGUCGAAUCUAUGGGCUCCAACGCACAGCUCCUCGUCGCCGUUUUACGAAGAGGCGGUCGCGUUGACAUAUAAAAGGACGCACACCGGCUGGAGCAACAAAGUGUAAGUUAGCCUGUAGCUGCUAGCUGUGGAGCUACUUGUGCCACAAUAGGAGGCACCGUGUGAUCGCCGGCCUAUGAGGAAGCCACGCCGAAAAGGCCAUUUGGCCGCAGGAAGCGGUGAGGAUGCUAGGGAGUCGGUGGAGACACCAGCCGGCGGUGGUGCCCGCCAGCGAUCACCAUCUCCCUACGGCCUCAAAGCAUCCCCGAGCAGAGAGACGCUGAGCUACGCCCAGGCCCAGAAGGUGGUGGAGGUAGAGCUGGACGGCCGCCUUCACCGCAUCUCCGUUUUGGAGCCUCUGGUGGUCGUUGCCGAGGACGAGAUGACGGCGCAGGACAUCAGCGAGUGUAACAGCAAUAAGGAGAACAGCGAACAGCCGUCCCCUCCCGUCAGCGCCCUGCUGGCUGUCAGCAAAGCCGUCAUGCCGCGUGGCCGCCGGAAAGACUCCAAAUGUAAAACGCCUUUUAAGUCGCCGCCACCCUCAAAGAACCACUGCGCUGGAGCGCCAACGCCGGAAAAGCCGAAGGCGAUGCACAAUCACUCGGCGGCGCUCCCUGAGCCUUCUUUUCGUGUGGUGGAGACGUUCACCCCCGUGGAGGCGCCCCCUCUGCCCACUGGGUACUAUCGCUACAUUGAACGCUCCCCAGAGGAGCAGGAAGCCGUGGCGGAGUACGACAUGGACGAAGAGGACGCCGCCUGGCUGGAGAUGGUCAACGCCGGACGGACGGCGGAGGGUUGCUCCGCACUCUCGCCGGACACCUUCGAGCUGCUGGUGGACCGCCUGGAGGACGAGGCGUACAGGGAAGCGCGCACCCGCGUGCCUUCUCAGAAUGCCAUCGACGACGACGCCUUCUGCUGCGUGUGCCUAGACGACGAGUGCCUGAACAGCAACGUCAUCCUCUUCUGCGAUGCCUGCAACCUGGCCGUGCACCAGGAGUGCUACGGCGUGCCCUACAUCCCCGAGGGACAGUGGCUGUGCCGCUGCUGCCUUCAGUCCCCGCAGAAACCCGUGGACUGCGUCCUGUGCCCCAACAGAGGCGGCGCCUUCAAGCAAACCAGCGACAGCCGCUGGGCGCACGUGGUCUGCGCCAUCUGGAUCCCUGAAGUCUGCUUCGCCAACACCGUCUUCCUGGAACCGGUGGAAGGCGUCAACAACAUUCCCCCGGCGCGGUGGAAACUCACCUGCUACCUAUGCAAGCAGAAGGGCCGCGGGGCGUCCAUCCAGUGCCACAAGGCCAACUGCUACACCGCCUUCCACGUCACCUGUGCCCAGCGCGCCGGCCUCUUCAUGAAGAUCGACCCGGUGCGAGAGACCGGCGUCAACGGGACCACCUUCUCCGUGAAGAAGACUGCGUUCUGCGAGACUCACUCGCCCGCCGGCCAGGACGCCGCCUCCGACGAGGAGAACGAAGGGCGCGUGGUGGGCAGCCGAGGGAGGGCCGGUCGAGGACGCAGCGCCUACACGGACGGUCCUGCUACGCCCAAGAAAGGCAGGAAGUCUGAGGGCGACAGCAAGGCGGACAAAAAGAAAGGGAAGGAGGCGGAGUCCACGUCCUCAAACGCCGCCUCUCCGCAAGUGAUGGUUCCUGAAAUACCCGCAAACAGGUUGAAUGCCGUCUGCAAAGGUCUGCUUUUCCAAAAGAAGAACCAGUUCAUGCACAGGCUGCAUAGCUACUGGCUACUGAAGCGCCAGUGCCGCAACGGUGUGCCGCUCGUCCGCCGUUUGCACUCCAACGUCCAAUCCCAGCGGAAUGUCGAACAGCCUGAGGUGGAUGAAAAAGUGUCUGCCGCUAGGGAAGCGCUGAGAUAUUGGCAGAAGCUUCGGCACGACCUGGAGAAGGCCAGACUGCUGGUGGAGCUCAUCCGUAAAAGGGAGAAACUCAAACGAGAACAGAUCAAGGUCCACCAGGCGGCCCUGGAGAUGCAGCUGACCCCCAUGUUGCUGCUGCUGCGCUCCACCCUGGAACAACUGCAGGAAAAGGACACGGCCCAGAUUUUUGCAGCGCCGGUGGACACUAUGGAGGUUCCAGACUACUUAGAGUUCAUAAGCCAGCCCAUGGACUUCUCCACCAUGCGCUCCAAGCUGGAAGGUCACGCCUACCGCUGUGUGGCCGACCUGGAUGCCGACUUUCACCUGAUGCUGUCCAACUGCCUGCUGUACAACGCCAAGGACACCGUCUUCCACCGAGCCGCGCUGCGCCUGCGGGACCUGGGCGCAGCCGUGUUGCGCCACGCCCAGCGCCAGGCCGCCAGCACGGGCUUGGAGGCCGACACGGGCAUGCACCUGGCCGAGUGGCAGCAGAAGCGAGAGUUCUACAGCUGCACGUGGGAGGACGUGGACAGCGUGCUGGACCCAGACAAUCGAAUCCACAUGAGCGUGGAGGAGCAGCUGAAGGAGCUGCUGGACAAGCUGGACUUUGUUAGCUCCAUGCGCUGCAGCGCCGCCCGCACCCGACGCAUGCGCCUGCUCCGCCGCGAGAUCACCAGCAUUCGCCACCGGCAAGGGCAGCAGCACCGCUACGGCCUUCACAACGGGCGGCUGAGAGAAGACAGCGACGAAGAGGAGGAGGAGGAGGAGGAGGACGUCAAGGCAGAAAAUGGCCUCUCGUUCUCAGACAAAGAAGACCUCAAACCCGCCUCGCCCCCGACACUGGAACCCACCGGGCCGGCCCCCCCUCCCCGGCUUGGAGACGCGCCCCUGGAGCCUCCCACCCUGCGGCCCAUCGCCAAGCAGCACCCAGGCCCCACCAGCUGGAAGCGCCUAAAGCUGGAGGCCCGCGCCGCCGCAGAGGACAUUGUUUGCACUACGUCGCCGCCAAAUUUGCACAGCGAGGGCUCGGCGGUGGCCAACGGCCUGCCGGACCCCUGCACCCCCACGCGGCCCUCCACCGACGGGGUAGGGCGACGGACGUCUGUGUUGUUCAAAAAGGCCAAAAAUGGCGCCAAGCUGUUUAGAGAGAGGGACGGUGCACUGCUGAACGGGAAGGCAGCACAGGACGACAGUUCGAGUGCCUCCCCCGACACCCCCUCUACCACCCCCACCGACACCCCCCAGAAAGCCAUAGGGCCACCCAGCCUAACUGACCAACGGAGCGCCGGCCGAGAGACGAGCUCAGAAGGAGAGCGCCACAGAACACCAAAUAAGAAAUGUGGACUGACCAACGGUUUCGACAAGCACAAAGACGACGGCGAGUACAGCACCUGCCCCGUCCUCCACAAAGAAACCACCGCCGCACCCAGACGAAGCCUGGGGAAGCCCGCUCUGUCCAAGGUCCCCCUGCUGGACAUGGUCAACGGAGACACUGACUACACUGGUAACGGCAGCCAUGCGGCCGAGGAGGAGACGCAGCUGGAGCCUCUGGACAUGGUCUGGGCCAAAUGUCGUGGAUACCCCUCAUAUCCCGCCCUGAUCAUCGACCCGGACAUGCCAGAGGAGGGCCUGCUGCUCAACGGGGUGCCCAUCCCCGUGCCCCCCAAAGAUGUCCUCCGCCUGGGGGAGCAGAGGCAGGAGGAAAGCAGCCACAGGCUCUACCUGGUGCUCUUCUUCGACAACAAGCGCACAUGGCAGUGGCUUCCCCGCGACAAGCUGACGCCGCUGGGCGCCGACAACACGGCGGACAAGCUGCGCAUCAUGGAGGGCCGCAAGCCCAGCGUGCGCAAGUCGGUCCAGGUGGCGUACGACCGCGCCAUGAUCCAUCAGAGCAGGGUCAGUCACAGCCAAGGCUUUGUGGCCUCCAACUUCCUGUAGGCUUGGCCCUGCCCCCCUGCUGACACCAUGCAAGUGAGUGCAAGUGUGUGUGUGUGUGUGAUGGACAUAUUUAUACAACCUGCAGAGGACCUAUGAAUGCCAUCUUUUAUACAACUUUGACUCUUUUUAUGUUGCUACUAUUCUUUUUAAUGCGGUUUUCAAUCAGGCAAAGUCAGGCUGUUUAUAAUGACUGUGUGUGUGCGUGUGCGUGUCUGUGUGUGUGUGUGUGUGUGUGUGUGUGUGUGUGUGUGUGUGUGUGUGUGAGUGUGUGUGUGCUUGCGCGUGUGCGCGCUACACAAAGAAUGAGCCGUUCUUAAUGAUGACAUUCUCUUUGAUAUAGAAAGAGAAAAUAUUUAUUUAUGGAAGACACAGCUUAUAGAAAGAAAACUAUAUUGGUAAAAUUUUAUUUAAAAAAUAAAUUUUGAGGCUUCAAUAAGAAAUGAAGAAAAAAAAGUUAUACAUUUUAACAGACAAAAUCGGACAUUUUAGUUGCUUUUAACAACCACUCUGCCCAGAUAUUUAUUAUGAAGAAAUAUCAUAAAGUUUUUAUAAGCUUAUGUGCCACUUGCAUAUUUUAAUUACUCACCAAAUAUUUUGUUGGUAUCAAUUAUUUCCUCGUGUGGGGGAAAAUGCUAUUAAAACAUUUUGGAAUAUGAAACUUUGUCCUUUUUCUUUUAAUUAUAAUAAA